CACACACCUCUCUCGCCCUGCUUCACCCAGGAAAAUUCUCACCGCGUGCGAAUAUGCAAUCAUAAUACAACUCACGCUCCUUUACAACCUCGUCGCUCUUUCCGCGGUCGACUUUCCCUCCUUUAAGGUUACGGCUCGCAACUGCCUAGCGCUCCAAGCCAGCCAUCGCCAAAACGUCUCACAAGGGGCUUCAGACUCGCUCUGAGCCUUCCAAGACCACAAUCCGAUGCGUCGAGCAGCAGUCAUUGCCUUCCGGACAGCACGUCUCGCCCCACCGCGCAACCUCGCUGUGCGCGUAAGAAGCGGCUUCCAGUCCUCCAGCUAUGUGCUAGGCCUCAGACACGCAUCAGGGCAGCCAAAGACGAGUUCCAAAGCAGGCAUCUCAUCAACUGUAACUCCAACUUCGAAAGGCGCCUCGUCGAUGUACAUUCGGAGGUUCUCCGUAGCGGUUAUCUCUGGCUUAGUUGGUUAUGGGGCUUGGUAUACAUACAAGGGGCAAACUGAGCUUUCAAGCGGAGGAAAUCCUUUCUCGGCAGCACAACAGAGAGGAUUUGCUAGUUCUCCUGUUCCCGGUCCUAGGGGAGAGGUCGAGAGAAAGGCGGUGAUUGUUGGGCCGGAUUCGCUGUAUACUGGAGCCAUUUCGGGAGAGGGGCCGAUAUCCAAGCAGAUAGACGACGCGGGAAGACAAGUGCUUGAAAUGUUGACACCGGAACAAUCUACGCAAGUUUUACGACGAAACGAAGAAUCUUAUUUUGUGGGACGGGGAAAGGGAGUUGUGAGGUAUGAUGUUGUUCAGAUACCCAGUAAUAAUCCAAUUGAGGAUGAUCAUUCGGAGAAGAUAAUCGAGAUACCACAAGCAUUGGCAACAGCUACGGGAGCAAGGAGUUCAGGCAGUGACUGGAUGUUCUGGGGAGUGUUUGAUGGCCAUUCAGGCUGGACAACAUCUGCUAAACUACGGCAAGUUCUAAUCAGCUUCGUGGCUCGAGAAUUAAACAACACAUACAAAGCCUCCCUCGCCGACCCAUCUCUCUCAUCCCCCACAACAGAAGAAAUCGAAGCAGCCAUCAAGACAGGCUUCACCCGCCUCGACGAUGAAAUCGUUCACGACAGCGUCGAGAAAGUUCUAAAAGCCAACUCUAAAGUUGCAGCGGCCGAACUCCUCGCCCCAGCCCUGUCAGGCUCCUGUGCCCUCCUCUCUUUCUACGACAGCAACACCAAACUCCUCCGUGUUGCUUGCACUGGCGACUCCCGCGCUGUUCUUGGCCGUCGAGGCGAGUCCGGAAAAUGGGUCGCGACACCACUCUCCGUAGACCAAACAGGCAGCAAUCCCGAUGAAGAAGCACGCAUGCGGAAACAGCACCCUGGAGAAGAGAAUGUGAUCCGCAACGGACGAGUUCUCGGCGGUCUUGAGCCGUCACGAGCCUUUGGAGAUGCUACCUACAAAUGGACCCGCGAAGUCUCGGAACGGUUAAAGCAAUCUUUCUUUGGUCGAACUCCUAGCCAACUACUUCGUACCCCUCCCUACGUAACCGCCGAGCCAGUAGUAACAACGACCAAAAUCGAACCUUCUAAAGGAGACUUCGUCGUCAUGGCCACCGACGGCCUCUGGGAGAUGCUCACCAACGAAGAAGUCGUCGGACUCGUCGGCCAAUGGCUAGAAAAGCAAUCCUCUGAACAGAACGGCAAUUCCGGCAGCUCAUGGGCCAAGUUGUUUUCAUCACAGCAGAAAGGCCUACCAGUUGAGCACCACCAGCAAGGGGAAAAGAAGAAAGGGAAGGAUGGCCAGAAGACCCCGAUUAGACAACAGCAGUGGGGUGUCAAGGGCGGGGAGAACGAGAGGUUUGUGGUAGUCGAUAAGAAUGUUGCGACGCAUCUUGCUAGGAAUGCGUUGGGGGGACGAGAUCAGGAUAUGGUGUGUGCUUUGCUUACGUUGCCAGCGCCGUAUUCGAGGCGGUAUAGGGACGAUCUUACAGUAGAAGUCAUCUUCUUCGGUGAUGGCGAGAAGAGCGGUGAUGUGGUGCUGAACAAGGAAGCUAGUGCCUCGGCUGGGGAUGCGAAGGCUAAACUUUAGAGCUCUUCUCCAUAGACUAAAUCUUUCGUGAAGCGCUUACAUUGCAUUGAAUUUUGCUUCUGGACGAGUUUCAUCGCGCAGAGGAGUUAGGAAACCAAGUUCUGCCCGAUGAACGUAUCUUCGAGUAGAAUGUUCCUUCGCUGUCCAGUACAAUGAUCCUAAGCAUUUCUCAAUUCGAGGAUGUGUGUGCUGAUAUGUGUAUAUAUAUUUAGAUAUAUAGUUAUGGCAUCUUCCACGAGGUGUGAGCACUAAAGUGAGCUAACAUCCUGGUCCUUGGCCUCUGAUUCUCUCCCG